UUUUAAAGGCAAAUCCCCCUCCAGGGCAGCCCAACUUUCUAUUCAAGAUGAAAUAUAGUAUAGUGACCAACAACCGGAAUCGUUUGCGCACUAGGUUUGUAUGUCCAUUUUUUUUAUAGCUCGUUUAAUUUUACUUUUUUACGGAAUUUUCUCGUCUCCAGUGCUUCACGAUGAUGGGGGAAAAGUCGAAGCCUUGUUCUUUCAAUGUUUUGAACGUAGGCACACUCUUGUUUAUGUUAUACAUUGUGGGAAGCACUCCUAGGUUCAUGGUGAUAUCUCUGACGCUGAUAUCGUGGCUUCAAACAAAAUGGUUGGAAUAUACUUCGUUCCUGGAGAAGCGGCGGUCUGCACGGCUGGCUGCAGCAGCAGAUGAAGUUCGAAUUCAACGAAGAAAACAAAUAGCUGACAUCACCGAAUCAAUUGGAGAUAAUGUGAUUUCACUGCUGGACAAGAGCGUUCGGGAUCGAGAGUUGGAAAUAGAAAAUAGGGAAAAAGCGCUACAAGCACUACAGAAGAGGCUGGAAGAGCGAGAACAAAAAGUGAAGGCCGCAGAAGACAGGAUUCGAAAGAUAAAACUGGAGAAAGUGGAAUUUAAGGCACAAAACCCACUAGGGGUCUUUGGUUCAAAAGUUACCUCUGAUUCAACACCAGGCUUUGGACCAACAUCACGCUCAUCAGGUCUUGAUUAUAAACCAGCUUUUGGAUUGACCUCAGGCUUUGGUUCGGCGGCUCCUUCCUUAAUUACAUUCACCUUGCCUUCGGACCUGUUGGAAUACGCAAAGGAUCUGAACUCGGACUUUACAUGCGUCGGAGUCACGAAAAAGGGCGCACGCUGUCGCCAAAAUUUCAUUUCGAGCGCUCAUAAGUCAUAUGCAGCCGACCGUAUAGCAAAGAUGAAGUCAUCUGACCCUGGAGAUACGUUCGAGCUGAAUGCACUCCGAGAGCUAGCAGACUGGAUGCUAUGUCCUCGUUGGCACCGCGAUACACUCCCGCAAGGAGGUACGAUUGCGAAAAGAUGGUAUAAUGAAUUAAGAGACGCUAGAGAAAAACUCAAAAGCCAGACUCAAAAGCACGCAAAUCCAUGGACGUCGGUUAAUACACCUUCAUCGGCAAUUACCUCCUCUUCUACAUCGUCUUCCGUAGGAGUACCAAGUGUGUUUAGUAGUAAGAGUACGGGGACGGCCAGCAGCGUUGCAUCGGUACAGUCAGUAUCAACGUCAUACACAGGCUCAAGCCACCAUUUUAUGAGUACUCAAGGUGCGACGGCUGCAGCUCCAGAAACACUAUUCAAGGAUCCAGCUGCACGGAACCUUACUCCUUUGUUUCAAGCUAUGGCUCAGCAAUAAUGAUGAAAGGUUUUAUUCGAAUAGAAUGGUGUUGGGAUUGCAGUUUGAGACUUCAAUAUUUUUCUGGGAAACUAUUUGAGAUAUAUUGCUGGAAAGAUGCUUCCUUGCUUUCUUUUCUUUUCUUUCUUUUCCUUUUUUUUGUAUUUGCUCUUUAUGGUUUAGACUUUCUGCUUGAGACAAAACUCUUAUUGUAAGUCUUUAU